UCUUCGAUCAACUUAAUGUAAUAUGAGCAUGACUUGGAUACAAAUUAAUUUUGAGAGGAAAUUAGAACUUGAAAACUGAUCACCUAGCUGGAUAUGUUCACGAAAAAAAAAAUGAAUAAACUCAAAUUCGACCAUAUUAAUUAAGCAGUCAUGUUCACCUACUCAUUUUAUCUUGUGCUCAACUGUCAUUGAAUCUGGUAGUUAAGAAUAAUGAAGUUGUUGGAAUAAAUAUAUUACCUCAUUAUUUUUCACCGUAUGCAUGAUUUAGAUCCAAUGACGAGGUAUAUCUAAAUAAGAAAUACAGCCAUUAAGUAAGAGGAGCAGCCGGAUUAGGUGCGUACAAACCCAAUCACAUACUUCCCAACCUGAAAAAUGCUUUGACUUCACAAAGCCAAUAGAUCAGACGUCUCCUACUCAUUUUGAUCAAUUACCCUUACACCCAAUGACCAAAGUAUCAAUAGUUUGAAAAGAAAAAGAAUUUUUUUUUAUGGAAAUAUUGAAUAUCGAUAAAAAUUAUAUAUUCAACUAAAAAUAAAAUAUCAAAAGAUGUGAAAAUUAAUACCGAUAAUUGUAAAAUCUUGAAAAAAUAUCAAAGAUAUUGAGAAUAUUUUAGUCUCAAGGCCCAAGACACAUACCCGCCAUUUUUCAGAUGAUUCAAAAAACCGUUAGAACCAACGAUCUCAUUCUCCUCUGCCAAAAAUGCAAAACCCUAAACCAACUCAAGCAAAUCCACGCCCACCUCCUCACUUCCACCCGACCCAAAAACCCCUACGCCAUCGCGCCGCUCCUCUCCGCCGCCGCCAAAGACGCUUCCUUGUUCUCCUACGCUUGCUCAAUCUUCAAACACCACCAUCCCCACCGCAACACUUUCAUGUACAACACCAUGAUCAGAGCGCACGCGCAAUCACACGCGCCGGUGGCUGCGGUCAUGUGCUAUCUAGACUUGUUGAGUUACGGAUUGAUCGCUAAUAAGUUUACUUUCCCGCCAUUGAUCAAGGCUUGCUCGAUUUUGGUCCAUAAUUCUGAGCUAACCGGAAGGUUGGUUCAUGCCCAUGUUGCGAAAUUCGGGUUCGGAGAUGACCCGUUUGUUGUUAGCCGGCUAAUCGAGUUUUACUCGGUGAUUCUUGAGAUGGGUGCUGCCCAAUUGGUGUUUGAUAAAAGUCCUAGCAAAGAUGUGGUGGUGUGGACGGCGAUGGUUGAUGGGUAUGGGAAGAUUGGGGAUGUUGAGAAUGCACGGAAGGUGUUCGAUGAAAUGCCUGAGAGAAAUGCUGUGUCGUGGAGUGCGAUGAUGGCUGCGUAUUCUCGAGUGAGUGAUUUUAGAGAGGUGGUUUGUUUGUUUAGGCAAAUGCAAGAGGUGGGGACGAGGCCUAAUGAGUCUGUUCUUGUUAGUGUUCUCACUGCCGCUGCUCAUUUGGGUGCGGUGGCGCAAGGGUUGUGGGUGCACUCCUAUGCUAAGAGGCACGGGCUUGAGUCGAAUAGGAUAUUGGCCACUGCAUUGGUUGAUAUGUACUCCAAAUGUGGCUAUGUGGAAGCAGCUAUGAAGGUUUUUGAGGGCAUUUGUAAUAAGGAUGCCCGAGCGUGGAAUGCCAUGAUUACUGGGGUUGCGAUGAAUGGGGAUGCAAGGAAAUCGAUUGAGCUGUUUGAUAAAUUGGUUGUAGAUAAGAUCCAACCUACAGAAACCACAUUUGUUGCUGUUCUCUCGGCUUGUACCCAUGCAAAAAUGGUAGACAAGGGACUUGAACUGUUUGAUCAAAUGAGUACCCUUUAUGGGGUUGAACCCGGGCUUCAGCACUAUGCUUGUGUUGUUGACCUCUUGGCCAGAGCAGGCAUGGUAGAGGAAGCUGAGAAGUUUAUAGAGGACAAGAUGGGAGGACUAGGAAGAGGGGAUGCCAACGUGUGGGGGGCGUUACUGGGUGCGUGUAGAGUUCAUGGGAAUGUUGAACUGGGGGACAGAAUUUGGAAAAAGCUGGCUGAUAUGGGAGUAGCCGAUUGCGGUAUUCAUGUUCUUUCAUAUAACAUGUACAAGGAAGCUGGCUUGGAAUUGGAGGCAAAGAGAGUCCGAGAUAUGAUCUCAGAAGGCGGAAUGAAGAAGAAACCUGGUUCUAGUGUGAUAGAGAUAAAUGGAGUGGCUGAAGAGCUCAUUGUUGGUGAUCUUUGUCCUCCACAAGCACAAGAAAUGCUUAAGAUACUUGAUUCUUUUUGUAAAAUGGUGAAUUUGGAGGAUGUAUGAUAUGGCGAAUUCCUUCCCUUGAUGUA